CGACGGAACAACAGCCACCUACCUACCACCUACCUACAUCCACCUAAUAUCUGUUUCACUCCGGGCAAACGGUACCUUUGCAUCGUGGCUGGUCGUUAUGGAAACGUGUAUACAAACGUUACGUUACACAGUCAGAAAUAGUCGAGUGCUGUGUGCACGCUCAGUGAAAUAGUCGACAGAAAUGUUUGCUCCUUUAAGAACAUACAUAGUGCAUUUUUUAAUUUACUGUACAUACUUUACUCAGGCGUCUUGGCCGAGUAAAAACGUAAUGAAAUUUGUACAACCGUCCGAUUGCAGAGGCAAGGAAUACUUUGACGUCUCGUCGUUCCUCUGCGUACCCUGCGAGAACAAUUUAACACCGUCCAGUGAUCGAUUACGAUGUGUGUGCAACAAGUUUAGUAAAAAAGUCGGUUUUAAAGAUGGCCGUCCCGUAUGCGUAAUAUGCAAAAAUGCUACAGUGACCGUAGAUGGAAAUGACUGUGUCAGUUGCCAACCGGAAACGUGCGAAUGUGCCCCUAACGAAAUUCAAGUUGACAGAAAUUUAGAUGGCUCGUUGUUAAAUACUAUGUACUGUCUUCCUUGCCCUAAUGGUACCUAUCCAUUUAUCGAUGGGUCGAGAUGUUUGCCUUGCGAGUCAUUCGAAUAUAAUUAUUACGAGGAGGAUACGUAUUUUACGAGACACCAUUACGAGCGAAUACAGAAUUAUUGUUCAAACAAAAAUGCGUUGUUAGAGAAAUCAAAUAAUACGAAAGUUGCGUUGCGAAUGAAAUUCGAUAAUCGUAACACGAUGAACAGUUACGAUGGAUUCGAAAACGAACUUCGACUCGCCGCACGUGUCUGUCAAAAAACUGACAAACAAGCAUGUGUGCAUUUAUCGAACGCGUGCAUUUUGAGCCUAAACGUUUGUUCGACUGCAUGCAAGUUACUUAUGCGAGCCAACGGGUCAUAUCCACGAUUAUUUUACGAUGAAAGUGAGACCGUGCAUAUAUUAAAUAGCGAACGAAUCACACAGAAGUAUAGCUUCGCGAAAGGUAGCGAUAACAGUAUAUUAAAUUUUACGAUUGUUACAUUUUCUUUGUACGGUGAAUUCGAUUCUAUUGGUGCACCGAACAUGCCCUGUGGCCUAUUGGAACGCGUGAGAUUUGGCAUCAAUCUUCGGAAAAUAUGCACUCUCAUGGUGAGAGACUUGAUAAGAGCAAAAAUGGAAUUUCUCUCUCCAUACUUAACGUUCGUAACGGGAGAUGGCAAGGUUCUGUUACAUGCCUUACCCGUGUCGAUCAAAAAUCUAAAUCGGUUGGCGCGAAUGUUUUUCCUUGUCGACAAUGUAAGCGGUUUAGAUAAACGAAUACGAAAUGAUACAAUUAACGAGGAUGAGAAAAUCAAUGAGUUAUCUGUACUGUCUUACAUGAAAUCCUUAAGUAUAAUUGUCAACGUUCGAAAUACGAACGAUGCAAACGAAAUACAUCCACCUUUACUAAUCGUCGAAUAUGGCGAAUUAACUCGCGAACAGAUGAGCGAAAUAAAAGAAGUGACGUUAGAUUAUAAAAUUAUUUUCGACGUCGAAGAUAAGGGCGACGUGGUCGAUUUGCAGUUUCUGAUAAUUAUCGGGAUCGCCGCGGGAUCGAUCUUAAUCUUCUCUGGUUUCAAAUCGUGGAGCUACAGAGAACGACAUAGCGUUUCUUCCUUUUUCGGUAUACCAUUACUCACAUCGUAUUUCAUUUACGCCAUGGGUGCCAUGGGCAGCGUGAUCGUUGUAUGUUCGGUCAGUUUCUGUUUCUACCUCUUUAUAUUUUACAAAGGACAAACGAUACCAUAUAUUCUAUUUCCCGAAGAGAUCAGCGAGCAGACGUUAAAAACAUUUGCGACGGUCGCGUUUUCUUUCAAAUUUAUAGAGAUAAUCGGUUUCAUCUACCAUUACUGGAACGUGAAGACGUUUUUCAUCGACUGGGAGCAACCAAAGACCCCCACAUACAAACAACCUAAACAAAACCGUUCCUAUCCACCCAUAAACAAACUGUACAUCGACAAACUCUCAAAAAAGAAGUACAAACAUUAUGAGAUGUCGUCAGAAAGUAUAAAAGCUAAACGCAGAAGAAUCUCAUAUAAAAUGGACGAUUAUAAUUACAAUACAAGGUUUACUGCUGAUAAUCCUUCAUCUCCAGUCAAUGGAGCUACUCUCGUUUCCACCAUCACUGACUGGAUACCAAAUGACUCCAUUCGAAUCACGGAUGAAGAUAAUGAUACCCAGAUCAGCAUUUGGAGAACGUAUUUCGUUGCGAGCCAAUGGUUAAACUUACAGACUAGGAGGAAAAUAAGUAUUCUUGUACAGUUGUUUGGAGUGCUAUGCACCUUUCAGAUAUUAAAGCUAUGCCCACGGUUCGUCGAUGCGACCAAACCUGAACCAACCAAAUCCGGGCAUCAGUAUAAUUUUAUUUUUCACUAUACAGUAUGUAUUUUAAUAUACGUCGCUGCAUACUGCGUGCAAUGGUUGGCACGCGUCGUACUUUACGAACGGUGCGUCAGGAACCGGAUGGAGGAAUUUGUGAAUUUGUGUUCCAUAGCAAAUAUCAGUCUAGUUAUUUUACCAUUAAAUUGUUAUGGCUUCUACAUACAUGGCAGGUCGGUGCACGGAUUCGCGGAUACUGAUUUAGUUCAUUUGAUGAACGAUUUACGUAUGGAGAAGAAUAAUCUGUGUGCUCGAAGAGGUCUGGUACCUGGAACAACUCAGCAAACCUUCGUGCUACACUUAAGGGAAAGUUUCGCAACUAUUUUUAACGAAGGCUUCAAACAAACGAAAAUAGAACGGAGGAAUCUCGUAUCUAGUUUUUAUGAUUCCACCAAGAAUUGGCAACGGGUGUUCGACGCCCGGAUCAAGUUAAAACAAUUCCUACGGAAAUUUAUUGACCAUUGUAUAGAAAACGAAGACUAUACGAUCAAGGAGCAACGUUUCUUCGAGAAACUAUUCGAUGUCACGCUUUCUCGUUGUAGAGAAAAAUCAGUCUUCUAUAUAGAUAACAAUUAUUCGUUCAAUCAAGUAUCUUUACAUGGAAACGAGUGGUUACUAUCAACCUUUGAAAUAUCGACGUUCGCUUUCGUCGUCGCAUUAUCCACAGAUUGUGUAUUAGCUGUCACUAUCACAGCGUUAAUAUCGACAUUGUUAAUCGCAACGAUAAAACGUAUUGGCGAGAAAAAUAUAAAUAAUCACGUAUUGCUGGAUAAAAUGUUCUUAACGUGA